AUGCGCCAGGUCCGGCAGAAAGUGCAUGGCCAGCUUCGAGCUGCUCAGGCACAAGCCUUCCACAGCACGAAUGCAAGCCAUCAGGCCUUGGUGAGGGCUGGCAAAAGGGCGCUCACUGCGCGCAGCCACACGGAGCAGUGGGAGGCACAAGCCGAUGUGGCUGAGAAGUGGGCUGAAAACAGCCUGCAGCGGGAGAAGGAGUAUGUCAGCAGUGUGAAGGAUGCAGCCGAGAAGAGAACUGCAGCCAUCCACGGUGUGACCGGGGAUCGUGUUCAGAAGAGCCAGGAGCUCCUUUUGUCUUCAAAGCAGCAAGAGCAAGCAGUGAAGCUGCACUCUCACAAGCAGCUGGAGACGCAGGUGCAGCAGGCUGCACGGCAUGCUCAGAUAAAGGUCGACAACUCAACACGAGCCGCAGAUGCUGCCAAGCGGCAACUGUACCAGGCAGAAGCCAAGUCUGCGGAGCAGAAAGCAGGGCUCGUGCGGGACGUGCAGCGAAGCCUGGAGGCUGGCAUGUCCCGGGUUUCGGCCGCCGAGAGAGAGCUCGACUUCCAGGAGGCAGAUGGCAAGGCUGCACUCUGGCGAGAAGAUAUCUGUACAUCACAGAUCAAGCGAGUUGCUGGCGAGCUGAAGCACAGCAGCCAGGAGCAGUUCGGGCAGCGAAAGAAAGAGUUAGAUGCGAUGCUGGAAAGAGCCCGAGCCUUAGAGCACUUCAAGAAGACACCUCACCAGGAAGCCCAGAUUUCCAUGAAGGCCAAAACAGAGGAGGUGUCUCACCGUGGGCAAUGCGCAGCGCUGGAAGCACGGCAGAGGGUAGGUGAAGAGAUGGAAGACAUCGCUAAGCGCGUGGUGGUCGCCAAGGAGCAGCUGGUGAAGAUGCGGGCAGCAUCCACAGAGCUAUGCCGUUUGCAGCUGCGGGUUUCAGUCGGCCUGAAGCAUAAGAUGCGGGCAAUGAGGUCCUUCAUGUUUAUGGAGGAUCAGGGUUUCAAUCUGAACCUUAUCCUGUAUCGGCCGUCCAGAAUCGAUGGGAUAACUCCGUGCCCGAUCCUCCGGCUCAACAUGAAACUCUACCGACAAUCAGACGCCAGUCGCGCGACACGGGCGGAGCGAGAUUAG